CCGGUAAUCGCUACACAUGAGAUAGAACCUUUAAUUCUGUAGUGAGAAGGAAAUUGGAAAACAACGAGAAAAUCAAAUCUAUGCUAUUAACAAGUUUCACAGAGUAUACAAGUCGGUAUUCAGAAGAUUAUUGAAAAUAAACACGCUUUAUAAUUUAUUAAAUUUAUCGAAAAAUUGAUAACUUGAUCAUUCAAGGAAAUUUAUCCGAAUCAUUAACUUUUGAUGCUUAUGACACAUCUGUAAAAUUUCUUAAGCAGUAAACGGCUACAAACAUGUUGAACACAAUAAAAACAAGUUUGAAAAAAAAUGUACAACAACCGAACAGAAUUAUAGAAUUUAGUAAAACCAAGAAUAAAAUACCACUUUCAAAACCUUUGCCAGUUUUUCAGUAUCCAAUAAGUAACGAAAGAGAACAUAGAAUAUAUGUUUGGGGUUUGGCAGAACAUGGUGCUCUUGGUACGUUAAAAACAACGAUUUUCGAAAAUGGUAUUUCUUAUAUUCCGAGACCUAAAAGAUUAGCUUUUGGAGAAAAGCAUGAGGUAAUGGACAUAACUUGUGGUUAUGGGUUUACUGCUUUUGCAGUAAAAUCCAAAGAUAAAAAUAUUUUAUAUGGGAGUGGAAUAAAUACAGAUUCCCAGCUUGGUUUCAAUGAAAAAGAUAAAAAAUUCCCAAAUGGAUUAAUAACUGAACCAAGACCUAUUAAUUUACCAAUUAAAGAUUCUUCUACUAAAGUCCUAGAUAUGUCAGCUGGAAGAGCACAUUUGUUGGUAUUAACAAAUGAAGGUGUAUUCACAUUAGGAAAUAAUGCAUAUGGACAAUGUGGUCGCCCUAUAAUAUUAAAUGAAAAUUAUGAGAAUAGUAGAGUUGUCCAUCAUAUACCUAAUAUUAAGGAAAAAAAGAUAAAAGCUGUAACAGCUGGUCAAGAUCAUAGCAUACUCUUGACAGAAUCCGGUGAAGUGUAUACGUUUGGUUGGGGUGCAGAUGGACAAACUGGAUUGGCACAUUAUCGAAAUGAGCAUAGACCAAGUUUGGUGAAAGGAGAUUUGGCUGGCCAACAUAUUAUAAAAGUUGCAUGCGUUGCAGAUUGUGUAUUAGCACUCAGCGAUAAAGGAAAUGUAUUUGGUUGGGGUAAUUCUGAAUAUGCACAGUUACUUAUGGAAGGUGAAAAUCAACAGAUAAACAUAGCUACAGAGUUAAGUGCAUUGAAAAAAUUAGGUCAUAUUGUAGACAUUGCCUGUGGUGGUUGCUUUUGCAUGAUUUUAAAUAAUACAGGUGAAGUUUAUGUAUGGGGUUAUGGUAUUCUUGGUUUUGGUCCUGAAGUCAAAAAAUCUCAGCAACCAAUUAAAAUUCCAUCUGUACUUUUUGGAAAUAAUGCAUACCAGAAGAAUACAAAAGUGGUAAAGAUAUUUUGUGGCAUGAGUCAUCUUGCAGCUUUGACGAAUACAGGUGAUUUGUAUAUGUGGGGUUGUAACAAAUUUGGGUCUUUAGGAUUAGGAGAUUUGAAAGACCAGUAUUUUCCACUGAAGGUAACUGUAGGAGCACAAGUAAAAAAGGUAGCCUGUGGAAUAGAUCAUACAGUUACUCUUUGUAAACCUUUUAUUUGAAGCAUAGUAUAUUUUCUGUUAUAAGAGGUAAUAUACUAUUUAUAAAACUUAUAUACAAAUUGUUAUUUUAAUCUGUUGUGUAAAAACAUUGUAUAUGUAGCUAAUUGCUUUUUAUAUUAUGAUAUAUUGCAAAAAUCUAAUUGAUAAAUAAUGAACGCAUAUCUUUAUGUAGAAUGUCGUUGUUUAAAAACAGACAUAUUCGAUAUAAAAUCUUCCUUCAUCACUUAAA